AUGACCUCUAACCGUCCCCAUUUAUUCUCACGGCUGUCGUCUCCCGCUUUCGCUGCUUGGCUCAUCCUCGUCAUCGCCUGCUUCUACUACCAGCCCGCCGCCGCCGUCCGGAUACCGUUCGACAACUGCCUUCCCGACUCAUACAGACUGAACGAGCCCUUACCCCUGCAGUGGGAACCUUUGUAUGCCGAUGCUCAUUUCGACACGGAAACGGGCAACCACAAUCUCCAAGUCAUCUUCUGGGGAAACGUAUCUGGUUCCCAUUUCGACGUCACGCUGCCCCCGCCAGGCGACCCCCACUGGAAUGACCCGGAAGAGCACGAUGGCAAGAUCGUCCGCAUCCCCCAGGUGCAAGACCCGAGCGUCACUACUCUCGUCACCAAUGUCAACGUCCUCACCUACCGGGACUAUAGGGAUCAUGCCGAUUUUUGCCGCAACAAACUCGUCAACGCCUCGUGUCCCGUGGCUCCUGUCUUUGACCCUAAUGUUCCGUUCCAUGAACUGCCCUCCUUCAACAUGAGCCACGACUUUCUCUCCUCUUACGCCUUCACAUCGUUUUCCGUCACCUUUCUAGUAAUCUUCGGCGAUUCCCGCGCCACCAAUAUCGGAUGUGCUUCUUCUACCGUCACCCCAGAUCUCGGCGACUUGGCCGGCCUGGUUCGAUGGCUUCCCCUCGUUAUCCUGGGCCUCGUCGGCUUUGCCACGGUCUUUGCCGGUAUAUACAGCCCAUGGGGCACUACCGACAUAUUCCGCUGGACCUCCAAUUUUGGUCGCGAUGAAGACUUGCUGCGUCUUGUGACGCCCGGCUUCGGUGACUGCUUGCAGUACAUACAGUUUGUGGCGCUGACCGGCGCACUGACCCUACACUACCCCGGGUUUUACCAACCCAUUGUCAGCCAGGUUGGCUGGUCUGCUCUCAUGUUUAAUGAGAGCAUUGUGAGCCACACCCCCGGGUGGCAGGCCGUCCAAGACGGCAUCUACGUGACCGAUGGCAUCUAUGGGCUGCAGCGCUACGCCCAGCUCGUCGGCAUGGCCGACGUAGGGGACAUAUGGGCGGGCAUGAUGGUUUGGCUUCUCGUUAUCAUCGGCGCCGUUCUCGUGCUCACCCAAUUGGGGUUUCUUCUCCGCUGGCUAUAUCGACAGAUCAGCAGCACCGCCGAAGAAGAUCUCCGCGCCAAGAACAUGCCUUUCUCCGUGGGUAAUAUCGUGCGAAUUGUCUUCAACUACCUCCUCCUCCCCAUUGUAGCCCUCUCCACUUUCCAGUUUGUUGUGGCUGGCGACUCGCCCGCCUUCGCCGUUGGCCUGGCCGCUGUCACGCUGGCUAUCUUCAUCGGCUUUGCGGGGUGGCUUCUCUAUCUGAUCAUUAGGACGAGGCCGAGAGCCGUUAUCUUCGACGACUUGCCGACUGUGCUACUCUACGGCCCCUUGUACAACACCUACUCGGACGAAGCGGCGGCCUUCGCCUUAGUUCCCCUUCUUCUAACCUUUGUCCGAGGCAUCGCCAUUGGCGCCGUCCAGCCGGUUGGCAUUGCACAGAUUGUCCUGCUAGCUAUCUGCGAGAUCAUUCAUGUUCUGGCGCUGCAUGCGAUUCGUCCGUUCCACUCUCCCACGUCCAUGAACGCGUAUCAUACCCUCUUCUGUGCUGUACGGUUCAUCACCGUCAUGCUCAUGGUCGCCUUCAUCCCGGAUUUGGGCGUCACCGAAGGCACGAAAGGUUGGGUUGGGUACACCAUCUUGGUCAUCCAUGCAGGCGUCCUGGUCUUGGGGUUCUUCCUGAAUGCCUUGCAGAGAAUUGUAGAGGUGGCAGCGCGACUUCUCGGGGCCGGGGGCGAGGACGGUCUCGCUCGGGGAGGGCUGGCCAGGAUCUUCGGGAUGCGCCAGUUACAACGACGCAUGUCACGGCGGAAUGGCCCCUCACGUCAAAGUCAACUCUCAAGCACCGCCAUGCUGGGCGCCGACGAUGCGUCGAAGUCCGGGUACGCUAUGCCCGGCGGGCGAGUCCGGAGCGAGUCUGCGGGCAGCGGGUUUCUAUUAAAACACCACCAGAGGAAUUCGUCUGCUCUCGAUAGCAUUGACGCUGGCUCUGCGAUGCCCAGAGGCUUGGACAGCGGCAGCAUGUUCACCCCGACCACGCCCGCCCAGGCUAGCACAUUUUCUUUCUUGCCGUCGCCGGGAGGUGCUACUCGUCCUCAGCCGGCGGUCAUUACGAUGGAAACGGCUGAUCCUUACUACCGGCCGCCGCGCCGCCGAGGGGACACCCUUACCGGGUCUCUCAUGUCUGACAGACGCCCAGUCUCCACCAGCGAUUCUCGACGGUACAGUCAGCCCGGUCCGGUCCGUGCGGAUAGUCCCGACGCCGAAGGACCGCAGAUUGAGAGAGGGUCCACGCCCGCCCCCAUUCCCAUCCAUCUAGUGCCUCGGGCGGACUAUUCGACUCGUGAAGUCGAUUUCUAUUACGGGGUCCGAGGUCCGGCGUUGAACUCGGAAGGUCCAGGUCGCAAGCUUGGCACGGGCCCGGCGGAUCCGACAGGCCCUAUGGCGUCGGCCGCUGGCUGGUUCAGGAAUAUGUUCAUCGGCAAGAGCAAGGAGAAGGGCAAAGGCUUCGAGGUGGUACGGAGUGCGAGAAUGCCGCCAGCCAUGCGUACGGCGGGCGGUGGCUUUGGUCACGAGACACCUCCCGAGGGCAUACAUGUCGCCAUGGGUGUCUUGAGAAAUGGACCCAUCGACUCGGAUGACGAAGAGCCGAGGCGCAAAGCUUCGGAACCCCAGGCUGAGGACUUGUUAACGGGCGAUGGGAACCAGCGAGGCUUAGGAUCUCGGAAUGACGAGGCAUCCAAGGCAUCCAGGUUGCCCCCGACUCUACCGACUUUGGAUUGUGGUGAGGGCUUCAAGCUACGCAGUGAGAAUUCUUCAGGGGGCGAUGGGGACGCGGCACGGGCAGAAGGGCAAGCACGUAACAGACUUGGCCUUGACCCCCCAGACAUACCCAGGAAGAGCUCCAAGCGGCACUCUGGAGCCGACUUCGAUACACCAGAGACCGCCGCAACAAUGUCUGGCCAGAUACACCGCCUACCUUUCGACCGAAGCCAUUCCCAAAAACGCCUGUCGUCCAAAUCAUCAAUGGAGAUACUGGACGACUUCAGCCAAGUGGACUUGGGCGGUCGCCUGUCCGAGGAGCGACCGACGAGCUUUGGCUACGUUCCGCACCACAGUAUCAGUCGUGUGGACCCGGGACAAAAUGGUCAGAUCGACCUGCUCGGCGCCAUGGCGGAGGUUGUUGAUGAGAGGGGAUUGUCGACGCGAACUUCACGCGAGACCAGGACCUCAUGA